AUGGCACGCCGAGAAAAUCGACUCUCGGUAAACUACGAGAGUCGCAGAAUUCAAACUCCAACUUCACUGGAAAGUGGGAGUUCUGGAUAUACACGAGUGGCCUCCGAUGGCGUAAUCUAUACGAGUGAUACACAUUCUCCAAGUACAUAUAGAAACGUUUCAGAACCGGAAAUGUAUAACCAAUAUCAGUACAGACGACCACUAUCGCAUCAACAGAAUUUCCAGAAUGUACAGCAGCAACAGCAACAGUCUCAACUGUCACUGUCACUGUCACUGCAACCACCUUUAAAGCCACCUACCAAUCGAAGAACCUCUUCAAACUCCUCCACAUCAUCCAAUCUUCCAUACCCUGAACAUGACUACUUUGAUUUUUCAGCAACAGAUCCUUCUUCGGUAUCGACAAAGAAGCCCUCACACUUGACUGUAAAUACCUUUGUGAGCCCUGAUACCAACUUUAGCUUUUCUGAAGAACAAGAUAUGUCACUUAAUGAGUUCCAAGUAUCGCCUACAAAAGGAGAUUUCGAUACCGCUGAGCCAUCACGUCUAAGCAAUCAAGUGGAACAAUACCAACUGUCAGUGAAAUCUCCUAGGGAUACCCAAGGCGAAGGAUCUUCCCAACCACAUCUUCCACUUGUUGAAGUACCGGAGUUUUCACCAAGUUCAGACUAUCUGCAAUCGAAUUCCCCCACAAAGUCUACAAACUCGAACACUAUUGGACUGAUAAUUGGUGGUUACAAUUAUAGUGGCACAUCUAUCGAAAGCUCACAGUCAUACAAUGUUGGCGGUUCGGCCUCAAACCUCUUAACUCCGGCUGGAUCAAGUGCACAACCGCACCAACCAUGCAAAUUGAGGUCUUCAGAUAGACUUAAUGAUCUUCGACUCCCAUCGCCGGAAACUUAUGAGCUGAGACAUGAUGGGAGUCAGUUGUCCACUAGUUUCAACUAUCCUGGUUAUAACUCAGGGCAUGCUCGUAACAGUUCUGGCUCGUCCACUGUAUCCACGUCCUCGCAGUCAACAUUAGUUCCCUCUUCGAAGGACAAGAGAUUUGUGCGUUAUGUUAUGAAUACUUCGAAAUCUUCUACUGCCAGUAAUUCUAAAUGGAAUAUGAAGAACGUUCUUCGGUGGUUAGACUCACACAAUUUCAAUCAAUCAUGGAAGGAUACAUUCAAGCGGAAUGAAUUAUCUGGAAAUAGAUUCCUUGAACUUUGUAAUUAUGAAAUAGAUCUGAUGGUGUGGAGACAAUUUGGGAAGUUUCUCGUCAUUGACUCUGAACUCAACUCUAUCUCGAGAUUCAUUACAUUAUUGAAAUUAGAGGUGGCUCCACAGGAACAAACACACUCACAAACACAACCAUCGUCUUAUGAAGAAGGAAAUGAUUUCCCUCCACAUUGGUCUCGAAAGAGUUCAUCUGAAUUGAACCCUUCUCAGCAAAUACUGCAACAACAACAACUUGCUCAUCAAAAGGCGGAGAAUAGAAAGUCCACUCCAAUUUUCCAAAAACAUUUCCUGGGUAGUAAUUUACAACCUUCAAACUUUGGAAACAGCUUAGCAUUACCAAGAUCUACCUCAGGUUCAGCUUCAAUUGGUUCAUCCUCUGCACCAAUAAAGCAACGCCCGUUCUCGUAUAUCAAUCCAUCAACAAGUAAGGUGAAGGAUUCGCCACAAGCAUAUAAAUUUUUUAGAAAACACAACCGAACUUCUUCUACGGAUUCUCCUCAUGAGAGAGAAAGAGAAAGGGAAAGAGAUUAUAGCAGCACUCCAAAUUCUGCAAUUAUUGGUAGUUCUCACGAGUUUCCUAUGAAAAAAGUAAAUAAGCCUGCAACAUCCAUUUCAUUAAAUGAUGAUGUUAUCUAUGGAAGGGUGCCAUCUGGACCAAAUGGUUCCAGUCUGGCCGUUUCUUCUGGGAAUGGAGGACAAGCAACUACACCUACAAACACUACAAACCCGGUUAAUGCACCAGCUUCGGCCACCACUCCCACCACUACAACUAUGAAUACCCCAUCCAGCAAGAAGGAUCGGUUGUUAAGUACUUUUAGAAAAUAUGGGGGUGACAGAGCAGCAGGGAUGGUUAAACACGGAGCCAGUUCAAGAAACAGUAUCGCAAAUGCAUCUAAGGGUCAAAAUGCUACAAGCAGUUCGUUGGACCAGGUGAGUCCUCUCAACAUGCAAUCCAAUUUACAACAUCGUCGGGCAUCAGAUAACAACUCUCUCAAUUCUCACCUAUCUUCUUCAUCAUUACCUAUCGAGAAGAAGUUUCAAACUUCUGCCAAACUGAUACAUUCAACGCCAGAAAUUGAAAUUUCUUCGGUUAUGGAUCCCAUCCCGACUACAUUGGAUGAAAAAUAUUUGCCCAAACCUAAACAUACGGGGGUUUCCAAACCUAUAUUAGUAAGUAAAGACAACCACCAAUUCUUCCCUGUAUAUGUCAAAUUGGAUAAUAUCUCCGAGAUACAAGAAAUUAGACAACUUGUUAUAAAGACACUCGAUCUUAUUGAUAUUGGAUUGAUAACGUUUCAUCUUACUGAAAUUGGAUCUGAUGAGGGGUUAGCAUUACCAGAGGAGUUCAUCUUGAAUGUACUCCAAAUGCAUGAUCUUCCAAAGUUUGUUAUCAAACAAGAGUUAUCCUCCCCAUCGGUUGCAACUUUAUCUACAACAUCAUCAGAUUCCAAGUCUUUUGAGUUGAAGGGUGAAAAUAAUGAUGAGAAAUUCUACCCUGCCACGCCGCAAUACUUGUUGCAAAAUAACUAUAGUAGUGACUCUAAAAUUGAUUAUUGGAACUUCAAAGAAGUGGUUUCAGAAAGGUUACCUAAAAUUCAAGCAUCCCCAAACUAUCCUACGUCUAUUCAGACUGCAGCUAGAUUGCCACAUGUUCCAUUAAAAUUAGAAAUCCCACACAAUUUCAAUAAAGAUACAGAAAAGCAACCGACACUUCUGAUUAAUACAAAGGUUGAAGAUGAAAUAGUCGAGGAAAUUAUUAACAAUACAACAACCGAUCAAAGAGGUAUACCUACUAGUUCCUUCAGAGUUUUAAGAAAAGAAGGAAGAGAAAUUGACUUUGACAAGCGGAGAAAAUCUCCAUUCGAAGCAAAGGCGCCAAAAUUGAUACCAAAUAUAUACUCUUCAUCUGUAGGUGACUCUUUGAAAUCACCAAUAACAGCAACGACAGUGUCUACUCUCAAAGAUAACGAUCCUUCUCCUAAGGAACCAACUAGUCACUUAAAAGCCCCUCCAAUAAAACCAAAGGAUCUUAAUCUUUCUUUACGCUCAAGAUCGAAUUCAAGGAACAGUACAAGAUCUAUCGGAGGUGAUUCCAUUGGCUUGGAUUCUUCUCCCAAAUCAAACAAUUCUAUUAUUGCAAAGAGAGCCCCACCACCUCCCCCAAACACACUUAAGCGUUCUGGGUCUCUGGUUGUCCGCAAAUCUUUAUCUAGAUCAGUGUCGAAUAUUGGUCAGUCCUCUGUUUCUGCGCUUUCGCAAGAACUGUUAAUAUUAUCAACUAGAUCUAACAGUAGUAGUGAUCGAUCCAUGAGUUUUAGAAGAGCCACCAGUAGAUUGCGUGGAGGAAGUGUUAGUCGGAAAUCGACUAUGAGCCGUGAUGACGAAUUCAAACAGAAUGAAAUUUCUUUUGAAGAGAUACCAGAUGAUGGGAUAGCUCCAAAUGAACUUUCUGAUGAAGAUGACUUUUUCGUGAAGCCAGUAAAAAGUAAGGAUACUACAAAGAGGAUAACCCUUGACCCUGCAAAUAGGAAUGGUAAAGAUGUUAAUGAUAAUGACGAGGAUGAUGAAGAAGAUGACGAUUUCUUCAUGAAACCAAUUGAAGGUACACCAAAACCUUCACUGAAGAUGAAUGUGAGACCUCCGAUUGAUGUGGUCUAUAGUAACCUUGAAAAGUAUUUUCCUAAUACGAAUUUGGAUAAACCCAUUAUUGAUGAUACUCCAUUAUCACCAGUGUUGGGUACAUCCGCGAAAGAUCCAACUGAGGUCACCAAUUCACAACCUAUGAGGAAACCUACUAUAUCAAGAACGUUCUCAAAUGCCAACAUUUCUCCUAGUCGCCCUACAAUGGAGUCUGAUAAUGAAUAUUUCGGGGAAUCACAAUCCAAAUUAAGUCGCAGAAGAAUGAAGACAAUUCGUAUUGUUGCUAACGAAGCAAGAAGGAAACGCUUAGAGCAACAAGCCGCCUCUCCAUAUGGCACAUAUUUAUCAGAUGUUUCUCGAAACAAUAGUAAUUUAAUUGGGAAGGCACAUGGAGCUUCUGCAGUAGUCAAUGUGGAUGGGGAAAGUGGAGGCGCAGUUAGCCGAUCUACUACCUCAUCUGGUAAUAGCGUUGGAUUAUUCCGUACUAAUACUAAAAUGUGGGGUCAACGUGUGGUUGAAGUGACAUCCACUGAAAUUGAAAAGGGAUUUGUGAGUAAGAUUAGGAACAAUAAAAACGGUCAAUUUGAAGAAUUUGCAUGGAUAAAGGGUGAGUUGAUUGGCCGUGGAUCGUUCGGUGCAGUCUAUAUCGCUCUUAAUGUUACCACCGGUGAAAUGCUUGCGGUCAAACAAGUCGUUGUACCACAAGGGUCACAUAAAAAGUCACUGAAGACUUUAGAGGGUAUAGAGGCCUUACACAAAGAAGUCGAGACUAUGAAGGAUUUGGACCAUAUUAAUAUAGUGCAAUACCUUGGAUUUGAGCAGAAGGGUAAUGUCUAUAGUUUGUUUUUGGAGUAUGUUGCCGGUGGAUCUAUUGCUCUUUGUAUGAAGAGUUAUGGGCCAUUCGAAGAAGGCCUUAUUAGGUUUAUCACGCGUCAAGUACUUCUUGGACUUGAGUACUUGCAUAGCAAUGGGAUUUUGCAUCGUGAUUUGAAAGCUGAUAACCUUUUACUUGAGGUAGAUGGAAGAUGUAAGAUUUCAGAUUUUGGUAUCUCAAAGAAAUCAAGUGAUAUUUAUGCAAACAAUGCCGAGAUGUCUAUGCAAGGUACAAUUUUCUGGAUGGCACCAGAGGUCAUUGAUAGUAUCGUUGAAGAUAAGAGACAAGGGUAUAGUGCAAAGAUUGAUAUUUGGUCACUUGGAUGUGUUGUUCUUGAAAUGUUUGCCGGAAAGAGACCAUGGUCUAACGAGGCGGUGGUUAGUGCAAUUUAUAAGAUUGGUAAAACAAAAUUGGCACCACCAAUUCCAGAAGAUAUUGAAGGUAAAAUUUCACCAGAAGCAAAAGAUUUUAUUAAUCAAUGUUUCACAAUCAAUCCAGAAAAGAGGCCAACAGUACAGCAGCUUCUCCACCAUGACUUUAUGCGACAAGACACCGAGUUUGUCUUUGAAGAUACAAAGUUAGCUCAAUUGAUCAAGUUUAAUCUGAGAAAGAGUGCUUAUCUGGACAAAAAGUGUGACAAAGUAAAUAAUUAA